GCCUAUUUCUGCAUCUUUUCUUGACAUUUAUCACUGCGGUGACUUACAUGUAUUAUCUUACUUCCGUAAAGUCUCAGUAAGAUUUAUAUAGCGACUGAAUGGUGUGAAUGCUGACCAGACUUAUCAACAAUCGUGGGAAAUAGACAUUGACAUGGCGAGCUAUAGGGAUGUGCACCCAGUGACAGAAAACAGUUCGGAUGACAGCAGUAGCGAUUCAGAUGAUAGUGAGGAGGACCAGCCUUGGAAACGUCGAAAAACAACCAGCCAAUUACAUGGUAUUCAUAGUGACAGCCAACUACCGACUGGUUUACGUGAAAAGCAUGAUGCACCCCUUGCAAAUCGUCCUGGUGAGAGUCCAGAUGUUACCCUUGGUAAUGGCAGUGGAACACAGACAGGUGUCAAAAGACCCCGAAGGAAUAAUGUCUGGGGCCAAGUGGUGCAGGAACAGAACGAAGCAUUGGUAGCGCGAGAGAUGGAUGAAUUUGAGAUGGACUUAUCUCGAAGUCGGGAUGUGGAGAGCUACAAUUACAAACUCAGUCAAGAGGAGAACAUAUCACGGGUUUAUCUGGGAGCACCCUCUGUCUCCAAACCUGAGUCGGGUCAGGGAAGGAAUCUCAAACGAGGCUUUGGAGAGACAGAUGAAGACAAUUGGCUGGUUGGCCGACAUGUAAAGCAAGUGGAUAGUCAUACACGGAGACCCGUGCAUGAGAGACUUGGGGAAAGAGAUGCUGGCCUCAGACAGACAGUCAAAGCAAGGCUUGGGAGCCAGUCGGAAUCAUCAGACCUCACCCCCAUGAAGUUCAUCCCCAUCAACCCCUUGUUGAGCAAGAAAGAAAUAACUGGGAAAUUGGCCUACAGUCUCCAAGAGGCUAAGAGAGAGCUGAUUGUGAGAGUUGUGAACACCCUUGGUGUGGAGAAAUCUCUUGAGCUGUGGAAGCUGACGGCAGAUACCGAGAAAAAUGGAGGCAUGAUGACAGUGAACGGCUCUCGGCGUCGAUCCCCUGGUGGAGUGUUCCUUCAACUAAUGAAGACUGAUCCCCAGGUCACACAACAACAGAUCCAUGAAAUCUUUGCAGAGGAAAGGAAGAAAGAUAGUGAAGAGAAGCAUAAGAGGCAGAGAAAGAAGCGGCGGCGCAAGAAAACUGUGAAGUGCAAAGAUAAUGCUGAAAAGAUCGAGGGCGCUACAAUGACAGAAGAUGACCAGGCAACAGAAAUGGCCGAGGAAGGGAAAAACAGUGCAAGACAGCCCUUGAGAGAAGUGAAGCUUGCAGGAAGGGGAGACCAGGCUUCAGAGAUGGAGGAAGGAGAAACUGAUGGGGAGGAGGAAGAGCAAGAUGAUGGGAUGACCGUCAAUGAAGAGAACAUGGAGUAAAGCAAACCUGUGGAGUUGAACAGACACUACAUGUAAUUGUGUUUAUGGAUCAGGACUGUAUAAUACUUGGGUUAAAAAAUCUGCUUGAACAAUUUGCAUCAGAAAUACAUGUACUUGCAGACACAUUCUUGUCAUACAGGCCUAACUCUUGGUAGUGUAUUGUGUUGGUACUGCUUUGAAGGAUUGGACAGGAUGAAGUCUGAAGAUUGUCCUCCCAACAUUGAAUUCCACAGCAGCUCCAUGCCCAGACUGCUGCAGCAGGAAUACUUGGGCGCAACAUUCUCCAAUAGGUUUAAGAGGAGCUGAAAACCAGCCAAUUAUCAGGUUUUGGUUUUCUACUUAGAGGGAAAAGGUUCAUGUUUACUGGCUGAACGAGACAAGUUGUUGAUCUCUCUAUUUAUAAUUAGUUUGGUGCCGUUUUUUAUGUUGAACUCACGAGAAUUUAAACAGCUUUGAGAGUAACCAGUAUGCCAUUUUGAUACCUAAAAAAAAUUGAUUAAAAAUCAUAAUCAUCAAAAUUCUUCAAAAGGACCGUGAAAAAGUUUAAACAAUGUAAAAUGGGACUUGGCUACAAACUUGUAUAGUGCGCUCAAUAGAAAAGUGUUAACAAAAUUUGGAAUUGUUUUUUUUUGUUGGCGAAUAAAGAGUGCCACCUUGUUAAUUGCA